GAAUUAGUGUUGCUCAGAACGUGGAGGCGCUAAGAUGAAUAAAACUUGGUGUGGCGGUACCUAUAUAGUGCAACUUUUAACUUUACACUAAAUUAACAUAACGUAAAGUUAAUCGAAAUUUCCGGUUCGUGUAAUAUUGGUGUUGUGCAGUUGACAGGCAAGCAAUGGCAGCUGCAGCAACUAUGAAAGUGAUUUUUAUUCAACCAUAAAGAUAAUCGGACACCAAUUGUUAUAAACCUUUAAUUGCAUACAAAUAUUUUAUGCACAUAAUCAUAGUAACAAUAACAAUAAAAAUAAUUGAAACACGCCCACCACAAGUUAGAAAUCAGCAGUAAGUGAAGGCAAAGCAUACUCGUAAAUGUAAAAACUAAAAAAAAACAAAUAAAAAUUCAAUAAAUUACCGUUAAUCAGUGAACAUAAAAGAACUUUGUGGCAUAACUUUCAAACAAUACAAAUUAUUGUGCAAAAUAAUUCAAGAUUAUAUGUUAGACAUGUAUAUAUAUAUAUGUAUAUAACAGAUAUGUGUGUAGAACAUUGCAUACAAAUACAUAUAAAAUAUAAAUAACGUAACAAAAAGUAAAAAUAGUUUACAUAAAACAAAAUAAAAUUAAAUUAAAUUAAACAGCAAAAUCGUGCAUUCCACCGGUUUCAGCGCAUGUAUGUAUGUACAUACUUACGUGUACAUACUCGUAAGCAUAUUAAAUGACGGCGAUGGACAAGGCGACGGAAGUUAAAAACGGAACUGUUAACAACCAGCCGUAUUUUAUACAAAAUGGCAGAAGGAAUCUGUCGCCCGAUAGUGCUGGCGAUAUGCCGGAGAUUAGCGGUUUUCGAAGCGCGUUGCCACAAUUUUUAGCUGUAAGCGCUAAAAACAUAUUACUUUUUGUUUACGGUAUGACGCUUGGCUUUCCCACCAUUGUAAUACCAGCCAUACAGGGUGGUGAUGGACGUGAACCCAGUGAUAUAGUUUUAAAUAGAGAUGAAAUAUCGUGGUUUAGUUCAAUUAAUUUAAUUUGCGUGCCUUUGGGGUGCCUUUUUUCGGGUGUUCUCUCACAGCCGAUUGGAAAACGACGCGCUAUGCAGUUAGUCAAUUUACCUAUUUUGGCUUCGUGGUUACUCUUUCACUUUUCGACACGUACAGAGCAUCUCUAUGCCGCCUUAUGUUUGAGCGGUUUGGGCGGUGGCCUAAUGGAAGCGCCGGUACUAACAUAUGUAGCCGAAAUCACUGAACCCAAAUAUCGUGGCAUUUUAUCGGCGCUCGGUUCUACCUGUGUCAUUACUGGCGUAUUCAUACAAUUCAUAAUGGGCUCAUUGUUGGAUUGGCGUACAAUAGCCGCUUUGAGCUCUGCUUUUCCGGUGAUUUGUAUAAUUGCGCUGUGUUUUGUGCCCGAAAGUCCAACAUGGUUAAUACGAGAGCAUCGUUUUCGUGAGGCUGUAAAAGCAUUGCAAUGGCUACGUGGCUGGGUGCCGGAAUAUAUGAUCGAAGCGGAAUUCAAUCGACUAUACGAAGAAUUGAUUACACAGCCGGCGUUGGAAGAAGCAGCUGAAAAUCAUGGCGAAAAGCCAUCCAAGUGGACAAGCCGUUUUAGAAUGUUUCGCAAACGAUCCUUUUUGGCGCCAUUUAUAUUAGUAACAUUUACGUUCUUCACAGGACACUUUUCCGGCAAGACGCCUCUACAAACAUAUGCUGUGCAGAUUUUCCACACUUUAAAAGCACCAAUCAACAAGUAUCAUGCCACUAUUUUGCUGGGAGUUGCCGAGAUGAUCGCAACAAUAUUGUGCGUCAUACUUAUCCACUUCACCGGAAAGCGUCCAUUAGUAAUGAUGUCUACAAUCGGUGUGGGUAUCUGUAUGUUUGGCACUGCAACAUAUGCUCAUUAUGUCAAAGUCGUGCCAGGUUUUGCAGUGGAUAAUGUAGUCAGCAAUGCUUCCAACAUUGUUCCGAAGGAGAAUUUAAUAACCCAAGCAAAUAUAAGUAAACUAUUUGAAGCCGACAGUUCUGCUUUGUUGCCGGAAAGCUUUAUGGAUCAACAAUUAUUGGAAACAACAACGGUUUACGAAACACUAGGUGAUCUCGAUUUGGAUACAACAACGUUCGCGCAGUUUAACAAUGAAUCCGAGUUGUUAUUGCCCACUUUAAAUCGUACAAAACGCGAAGAACAAGAACUUUCGCUUAAUGAUUAUAAUGAUCAAUUAUCCUUUGUAGAAUUGCCGGGACUAGAUUUUGCCGACGCGUUGAAUAGUAGUCAAAAGAACUCAUCGUUUUUGGAUAUUUUUGACUCGGAAGAAGAUGUGGAAGCAAGCACAAAAGCACCAAUAUUGUCUGAAAUAAUAUCAACAACUUUGUCUCCAAUUUUAGUUAAUGAACCCAAACCGAUGUUGCCUUCAACAGAAGAAGUAACAAAGGAGAUACUGCUCCCAGUGCCAACACAAUCCACCAACAAUUUAGUUUGGCUUCCGCUGAUUUUAUUAUUGGGUAGUGCAUUUUUUGCACAUCUGGGCAUACGUAUGAUACCUUGGAUACUGAUCGGUGAAGUAUUUCCGGCGCCGGUGCGUAGCACUGCAUCCGGCCUUGUCAGCGGUUUGGGUUAUAUUUUUGGAUUUUUGGCUAACAAGCUUUUCCUUCAAAUGUUAUCUGCCUUCACUUUACCAGGUACAUUUUGGCUUUAUUCGGCAGUGGCUUUGGUGGGGGCAUUCACAUUGUAUUUUACAUUACCCGAAACCGAGGGACGCACCUUGCAUGAAAUUGAAGCGCAUUUCUCGAAAAAAUCGAAAACAAAUUUAAUGAAGAAAUCAUGCCGUGUAGAUUUGAAGAAAAGAGCAUCCAUACAACUGGAUAAUCUUCAAAAUUUGCAAAUGCCUAUUAGUGCACAAGCCGAGGCGAAGAUAAUUCAAUUGCAACAAAGCGAUUUCUUGCCUCAACGUACCCCAACCGGUGGCGAAGUCAAUCACGCGUUUGAAGAGAAUAAUACAACGCAUUUAUAACAGCCAUCAUAACCGUUAUCAAUACGAUUAAAUUUGUACAUAUUGUAUGUAUCUUAUAUCAACUUGUAAUCUUGAAACUGUAUUCUUUCGCAGAUUUGAAAUAAGUAUUAUUAUUUGUAUAAUUAUGUACUAAGUGUGUAGGUAUCGAUGUAAAUAUAAUGUACAUUAAUAUAAAAAUACAGUCAUUCCCUGAAGAAUAUUUUGAAAGAAAAAUGUUAAUGAAUUAAGUAAGAAAGUUGUUCGAAAGUCAAUAAUUAAAGGAUAAUAAGAAA